AUGAAUGACGCCGCCGAGCUUCUCGACCCUGAACUACACCCUGAACUGCCCCCUGAACUGCCCCCUGAACUAGACCCUGAACUACACACUGAACUGCCCCCUGAACUACACACUGAACUGUCCCCUGAACUACACACUGAACUACACACUGAACAGCCCCCUGAACUAGACACUGAACUAGACACUGAACUGCCCCCUGAACUAAACCCUGAACUAGACACUGAACUGCCCCCUGAACAGCCCCCUGAACUAGACACUGAACAGCCCCCUGAACUAGACACUGAACAGCCCCCUGAACAGCCCCCGCUCCCGCCAUGGGCUAGCUCCUGCUUCGCCGCUAGCUCCUGCUCCGCCGCCCGCAACGACGUCAACGCUACAACGCUGGAGGUCACCGGAGGAAAUCCAGCGCCUUGCAACAAAGAGCUCAUCACCGAAGACCAACGCUGCAGUGCGUUCUUCAUUCUGUUCCACGAGACUCUGGACCAGACCACCGCGAGCAGACAGCAGGACUUCAUGUGCACUGGUGAAAUGACCACGUCCAGUCAGGAUGCUAUGGAGCUCAUGGGCCAUGACACCAGGACCUACUUCAGCACCUCAAAGAGAAUGGACCAAAUGUCAACUGGAAGUUUUUAUAUUAAUACAGUUUGAAAAGGAUUGUUUUCCUAGUAUAUUCACAAAAGCUUAGGAGGAGACAUGAACCUGUGCACAAACAUCCAUCACAUAGAGACAUGAGAACUCACUCACUCACCCACACACACAUACAUUCUAUUAUGUAAAUGUAUUUGCAUUUUAAAAGCAGCUGGAAAUGUUAUUUGUUAUUUUAUGGAUUUUUUUUGUUCAAAAGGAACUAUGUUGCAUGUAUUUUUUAAAUAUAUUUACUUAAUUUUAGAGACAUUUGUUCAUGGGACUUAAAUGUUCUGAAAAUGUAUUAAUAAAUAUAAUUUACAACAGCAA